GCGACAAGGGGGCGGGUUCAGGGGCCCGGCGCUCUGCGUUCCCAAGGGUGGGGCGAGGGCAAGUGUCAGUCCGGUCUGGAGCGCGGCUGGGGACUGCGAAGACCGCGGCGCCACACAGGGGGCCCGGGCCGCUGCGAGUUGUCCGCCCGAGAUGGAGUUCCUCCUGGGGAACCCGUUCAGCACCCCGGUGGGGCAGUGCCUCGAAAAGGCAACAGAUGGCUCCCUGCAAAGUGAGGAUUGGACAUUGAACAUGGAGAUCUGUGACAUCAUCAAUGAGACGGAGGAAGGGCCAAAGGAUGCCAUCCGAGCCCUGAAGAAGCGGCUCAAUGGAAACCGGAACUACAGAGAAGUGAUGCUGGCCUUAACAGUACUGGAGACAUGUGUGAAGAACUGUGGCCACCGCUUCCACAUCCUUGUGGCCAACCGAGAUUUCAUCGACAGUGUUCUGGUCAAAAUCAUCUCUCCCAAGAACAACCCUCCCACCAUUGUACAGGACAAAGUGCUUGCUCUGAUCCAGGCCUGGGCUGAUGCCUUUCGGAGCAGUCCUGACCUCACUGGUGUCGUGCACAUAUACGAGGAGCUGAAGAGGAAAGGGGUUGAAUUCCCCAUGGCAGACUUGGACGCUCUGUCUCCCAUACACACGCCACAGCGGAGCGUCCCUGAAGUGGAUCCAGCCACGACCAUGCCCAGGUCGCAAUCACAGCAGAAGACGAGUGCCGGCUCCUAUUCCUCGCCGCCUCCUGCUCCCUACUCCGCUCCGCAGGCCCCGGCUCUCAGCGUGACUGGCCCCAUCACGGCCAACUCAGAACAGAUCGCCAGGCUGCGGAGUGAACUGGAUGUUGUUCGAGGGAACACUAAAGUCAUGUCUGAGAUGUUAACAGAAAUGGUCCCCGGACAGGAGGACUCGUCUGAUCUGGAGUUGCUGCAGGAGCUGAACAGGACCUGCCGGGCCAUGCAGCAGCGCAUCGUGGAGCUCAUCUCCCGCGUGUCCAACGAGGAGGUCACAGAGGAGUUGCUGCACGUCAACGAUGACCUCAACAACGUCUUCCUCCGAUAUGAGAGGUUUGAACGGUACAGGUCAGGCCGAUCAGUUCAAAACGCCAGUAAUGGGGUACUGAAUGAAGUGACUGAAGACAACUUAAUAGACCUGGGGCCAGGGUCUCCAGCUGUGGUGAGCCCGAUGGUGGGGAACACAGCACCCCCAUCUUCUCUCUCCUCCCAGCUUGCAGGCUUGGACUUGGGGACAGAGAGCGUCAGUGGCACCCUCAGUUCACUCCAGCAGUGUAAUCCCCGUGAUGGCUUUGACAUGUUUGCCCAGACUAGAGGGAACUCUUUGGCCGAGCAGCGCAAGACGGUGACCUAUGAGGAUCCCCAGGCUGCUGGAGGACUCACUUCUGCACUAGACAGUCGAAAACAGUGCUCGGAAGGGAGUUCGAUAAAUUCCUUGAAGAAAGAGCCAAAGCUGCUGAAAUGGUUCCUGACCUCCCCUCACCCCCGGUGGAGGCUCCCGCCCCAGCCUCAAACCCUCCUGGCCAGAAGAAGCCGGAGCGGUCGGAGGAUGCCCUCUUCGCCCUGUGAGCGGCUCUGUGGUUUGCCUCCCCAGAUGGCGGGUCACCACCCGCCUGCUGUGGACACCAGGCACUGGCAACUCCUCCCAUCCCCAGCCCCCAUGCGGCCUGCACACCUGUGUCUCCAUGGAAAUGCCACCGUGUCCGCUCCCAGGCCUCCCACUAGUCAGGGUCAGCUUCAGCCACCUUUUUCCCUCUGGGUGGUGGGACAGCUGCGGCCGGAGGCCCCUCCCUCCCCUCACGGGCCCGUCUGCCCAGGUUUCCUCCCAGGAAGAGUGGGCAGAGUGGCCCAGCCCCAGGCAGGGCAGCCCCUUAGCAUUGUUUCCUGAGCAGACCUGGACAGUCUUUCCUCCACCCACCCACCCACCCACAGAGAAAGGGCGGCCCCGGUCCCCUCCGUGUGCCCCACCUCCACCUGGCACGCCCGCCCUCCUGUGCCCCUCUCUUCCAGGAGGGGCUUUGUGCUGCUGCCUGUGGAAGAACAGGGCACAGUUGCACCCACAGGCCUGGUCUCCUCCUUGGACUGUGUGUCACCUUGUGGCACGUGGUGUGGCAGUACUUCAGAAGGCUCUGUGGGUGCCCACAGGGGGUCCUUUUACCUUCUCGACCCUCUCCAUCACUCAGCUGCUAGCCCGAGCCCACGCAUGAGCUGGCUCAGCAGGCUCCUGGCGUGGGGAAGGGCCACAGGCGGUUGGGAGGGCAGCAGGGAUGCUGCUGAGGUAGCACCACCAUCCCCCGCCUGCCCCAGCGCACCCUGCACGUUCACACACACCUGGCCCUGGUUUGUGGAGAGGCUUGCUCGGGGAGGCACAUCUGGGAAAGUGUCGUGGGUUUGUGAGCUGCCACACUCAGGGCUUUGGCCUGGCCUGUGGUAGCCUCACACCGCUACCUCCAGGGCCCAGCAGCAGACAGCUUUGCACCGUGCUUGGAGGUUCCAGGUGACUGAGUGGCCAGAGCGACACUAAGACCCCUGCACUGCUUCUUGGUAUGGGCCUUGUCCUCCUCCCACAGACUGUCCUGACAGCCUGACCUCCUCCCACCUCAGAUGUCCCCUGGCCACCAAUUUGCACCCUCUCCCCAAGCCAACCUUGAAGGCUGACAGAGCCUGGGGCUCAGCAGAUGGAGGCUGGUGACACGUGUUCCCAUCCUGUGUCCUCGUUGGUAUGAUCAGCCCGUCCCACCUGGCAAGAUGGCCUAGAGGCUGCAGCAGUCACUGCCAGAGCUUUAGCCCAAGCAGGGAAAAGGGGCCGAGCGUCACCUGAGCAGAGACUAGUGUUGUGGUCUCUGGGGAGCAGUUAGGAUAGAGACUGCAGCCAGGGGCCAUGCCGAGCACCAACAGUUCCAACAGGGAGUGGGGCGCUGCCCGUGCCCAGUCUAGCACCCCUCCAGUUUCCCCCAAGAGGGGGCCUGCGGUCUGGCUGGGGGCCCACCUGGCAGGACGAGCU